AUGAAUGACUUCGACUUCUUUGACUCACCACCUCCGGGUCUAGUUACGCCAGUUCUUUCGGCGAUAAAUAUGCCUCGAGCAAAACCAUCCCUACCAUUAGAUUCAUCGCCUCAAGUAAAAUCAUCUCUGCCACCAGAUUUAUUGCUUCGCAUUAUAAAAUAUCUUCCAAUAACUUCACUUCCCAAUUUCGCGCGUGUUUGUCGACGCUUCAAAGUGUUAGUUUCAGAUGAUGAAAUAUGGGAACAUCAUUUAAGAAAAUUAGGAUUUUCUAUAAAUUCUAAUAUAGACAAUUCUAAUGGAUUACCUAUAAAAACAAGUAAAAACAAUAAAUCUUCAAUAGACUCAUCCGUGUCAAACUCAACAACCAUGGAAAUAACCAAAACGCUUAGUAAUAGUGCUGCAAGGCAUUUAUUCGAAUUUGGGCUUCUCUCAGGAAAAUCGUUGAGUUUAAUGCCGGGACUUUAUGAUUUAUUCGCUCAAAAGUCAAGAUCAUCGACCGGGAUAACUAGAUCGAUAUUCAAAGAAAUUUAUAGUGAAUUGUUACCAUAUUAUUUGGAUUUCCGGCAUAAGCGAAAAGAUAGUAAACUUUACAAGGAUUUUGCUGAUCCUUUAGAUCAGGCUAAAAUGUUGAGAAGGUUAACGAUUUUUGGCAAUUAUAACAUAACAUCCGACUCAAGUAAGAUUAAUAGUGUAUUAGAGACAACGGUAGAGUAUUGUGAAAACAUGGCACUCCAUAAUUUCGAAUUAGGUUAUAAUGCUAGCAAUUAUUCGGAAAUGAAGAAAUGGGCGACUCUUCUGUUAGAAUUGAAUGAAGGUGUAUCAUGUAUCCAAGUGUUUAUACAGAAAAACUCUAUCUUUUUUGAUCAUUUAUAUGAUCCAUUGGAUAAUUUUCUACAUGUGCCAACGUCUGGUGAACUGAAUUAUGCUCCAAUGGCUGAAUUCUUUAAAUCUGUCGAGGAUGAGUUCAUAAAGCAAGCCUCGGUCAUUGAUCAGGUUUUCCCGCAAUCGGCAAAUGUGUUUUAUACAUUUGUCGAGCGCGUAAUUGAAGAUGUUGUUACAGAAUACGUGUACAUUCUUUCAGAAGAGGCUCAUAAUCGGGACAAGAUGGUCUACUUUAAGACCACUGUGGCCGCCCAUCAAUUUUGUCAGCACACCGCUCUGGUUCUUUGGAAAGAAGCGAAACCCGGGCUUGAUAAAAUCAAGGCCGAAGAUUUAAUGUAUCAAAUGUUUGAACCAAUGAUGGAACGAUAUUUGAAUGAAGAAUUGGAUGAAAUUCGAGUAAUAUGUGAAGAAGAAAUUGAUAAGUGGAAUAAAAAGUUGGUAAACGAAAAAGCAGAAGCUCAACAACAAGCACUGUUAAACAACGGCAAUCAUGAAAUCUAUAAACGAAAUUAUCUUUCUUCUUUUCGUAAAAUAUUAAAACUUUCGACAUCUCGUUCGCGUAAUCCUAAUACCACACCACCCUCUCGUGCAUCUCCGCACGAUAAAAGAAGUAGCACGGCAAGUGUCCAGAGCUCUUUAAAUUCUCCACAAAGUCCAAUAAGUGCCUCCGAACUACAAGAGGCACUAUUGUGGAAUGCUCGUCUUGAGAAGCUGCAAAAGAUUCUGAGUGUGGAAACAGCUUUACAAUUGGUUCAUGCUAAUAAAGAUGCUUUACGAAGAGUGGGCACCUUUGUAGGAUAUCCUGAUCGUAUGGGGGUGAAAGUACAAGAAACCCUUGAAUCAAUUUUUAUAACUCUGCUGCAAACGUUAGGUCCGAUGCACAUAAAACCGGGAUUUGAUACUGCAGUUCUACGCUUGGGUGAGUAUAAACCUGAUGCAGAGUCUACGUCGCAAGGUUUAGCUCCCUUGGUAGAAUUUUUUGAAUUGGUGCAUAUCGCGGAUUUAAUACAACAGAUGUUGCAAGUAUAUUAUGAUGAGGAAAUGUGCCGGUUUAUUGAUAAAGAUGACUUUUUGAAUGAGUGUAACGAAGAAAAAAAGAAAUUUGAAAAACUAUUAGAUGAAAGUGUAGCAGCUGGUCUGAAUAAAGGUAUUCAGGUAUUAACGGACCAAGUAGAGUUUAUUUUGGCUACGGAACAAAAACCUGAAGAAUUCAUGCCAAAGGAUAACGCGAAUUUAGAUUUGAAACCUACAAAGGCGUGUAUCAAUGCUGUUGAUUGUCUAUCGAGCCACGCUAAAUUGGUAGUUGGCUGUUCGGAUAAAAAUACCUUGGAUGUCUUUUUCCAAGAGAUUGGCUUGAGAGUUUUUGGAAUUCUAACAAAACAUUUAAAAAAAUUCGUUGUAAACAUACUUGGUGGAUUUCAAGUUAUAAGUGACCUAAACCAUUACUGUGCAUUUCUGACUUCACUUAAACAGAACGAAAUCACGUCAUACAUCAUCGCGUUAAAAGAGCUAGGAAAUAUUUACAUAAUUUCCAGUGCUAAAGACAUUGGACUUUUUGUUCGCGAGGCAGACCGAUUUAAUGGUGUUUUACGCGCGGAGGAUGUCUAUGAGUUUUGUCUUAAACGAGAGGAUUGGUUGUCUGUCAAAAAAGAGGUCGAGAAACAACUGUUUGGUUUGCGAGCUGAGGAUUGUAUAAUUAUGUAA